AUGAGCACGUCCAUUGAUGAGGACGCCAGGUGCACGUCCAUUGAUGAGGACGCUAGGAACACGUCCAUUGAUGAGGACGUCAGGAGCACGUCCAUUAAUGAGGACGUCAGGAGCACGUCCACUGAUGUGGGCACAAGCAGCAAAUCCACUGAUGAGGACGCCAGCAGCACGUCUAUUGAUGAGGACGCCAGGUGCACGUCCAAUGAUGAGGACAAGAGGGGCACGUCAAUUGAAGAGGAGGCCAGGAGCACGUCAAAUCAUGAGGAACCCAAGAGCAUGUUCACUGAUAAGGACGCCAGGAGCAUGUCAACUGAUGAGGAAGCCAGGAUAAUGUCCACUACUGAGGACGAAAGGCGCACAUCCACUUCUGAGGACAAGAGGAGCAUGUCCACUGAUGAAGACAACAGGAGCACAUCCACUACUGAAGACAACAGGACCAUAUCCACUACUGAGGACAACAGAACCAUAUCCACUACUGAGGACAACAGGAUAAUCUCCACUGAUGAGGACGACAGGAGCACAUCCACUGCUGGGGCCGAGAGAAGCACGCCCACUACUGAGGACAAGAGGAGCAGGUCGACUGCUGACGACAACAGGAACACGUCCACUACUGAGGACAAGAGGAGCACGUCCACUACUGAGGACAACAAGAGCACGUCCACUACUGAGGACAACAGGAGCUAG